UGGCGUGUAUUUGCGGGUUAAGCGCCGGACUGGCCUCCUAUAAAUUAUGUAGCAGUAGGAGCCCUCCCAUACCAGUCUUAGGAAGUGACUGUGCAUGCAAGGUGAUCCGAGAUGAUUGAAACGUAGCCGGAUCGUCAUUGUAAAACACUAAAAGACUAUUUUAUCCCCCCUCCCUGGGCAGGAGCCGGUGCAAAAUUUCACCGUAGAUCUGGGGCAGCAGGAACCACAAACAUGCCGGCAAUACGCGGCUGCUGGCUGCUCGUCUGCGCUCUGCUCCAGUUUGGCGUUUCAGGAUGUUUGUCUGGAGACCACGACUCUCUUGUGGCUGCUCACCGUGUGAAGUGGCCGGUCCUGGUCACCCGGCGUGCCGAGAGGCUUGGAAAGACUGUGGACCUGGGGGUUAUGGGUAGUAGCAUGAAGGUCGUCCGUAACCCACACCAUCACCAGCUGGAUGAGCUGCACCGGCACCCACCAGCCGGCCACCUCAAUGAUCUCCCCAGCAAUCUGCCACACGGCCAGUCGUGGGCCAGGAUCGGCAAGCUUCGGCCCGCCUUAAUCACACCCCCCCAUUUCCGGCAGGCACCCCCCGAGCAGGCAGCUGGCUUUCUGGCUCGCACCGAGGACGACGUGCGGGUGGAGAACGCCCCCAUCUCCGUCAGACACCUCGUCACUGUGGCUCUGCAGAUGGACGUCCGCAAGCUGAACACGUCCUUGUUGCGCUCCUUCCGGGAGGGCAUGGCCGCGGCCCUGGACGUGCUGCCCCAGAGAGUGCACAUCAACGGCCUGGAUGAGAGGAAGAACGGUAUCGAGCUCUACGUGUCGUCGGAUGGACCUGGGCUGGGGGAGCCCCUCCCGUCCAGAGAGGUCAUCCGCUCUCUCAACAUCAACGUCCUCCACCGGAGCCUGGGCCCAUUCGGGGUCACAGGGGUCACCUCCGAGAAGAACGUGCUGCAGGGCCAGCAUGAGGGGGACAAUGUGUGGACCAAGGAGGGAUUCUACGCAGUGGUCAUCUUCCUCACCAUCUUCGUCAUUGUCGUCACCUGUUUGAUGGUCUUGUAUCGGCUCAAGGAGAAGGUCGAGCUCUCAGACCGGCAGUUCAAGGAAGCGCCUGGGCAGGAGCUGCACCUGACCCCAAUUCAAGUGCACGCACCGCAGCCACAGGCCAAGCCGGCCCCCAGCAUGGUCCGGGCCGAACCGGCCACGAAGCCUGCCAGCACCGCCCCCCCUGAGCUCCCGCGAACCCCCUGCACUGUCACCUCCGAGCCCAGACCCAUACCAUCCCCCAGCCCCUCCCCCUUCAGGAUGAAGCCCAGCGCAGGCCUUCAAGAGCGACGAGGGUCCAAUGUGUCCCUGGUGCUGGACAUGAGCGCCCUGGGGUCCGUGGAGCCGCUGAGCAGCACGGGGGCGACGCCCCGUGAGCGCGUGGCCCAGGAGUACCUGCAGGCGGCCAGCCGCACCCUCUCCCGACAGCAGCUCCGCGGUGCUGUGCUCAACACGCAGAACCUGCACGCCGAGUUCGUGGAAAUCCCAAUGAAUUUCGUGGAUCCCAAAGAAGUGGACAUUCCCACGCACGGCACGAAGAACCGAUACAGAACCAUUUUGCCAAACCCCCACUCCAGAGUGAUCUUAAAGACCAAGAACGCUAACGACCCGCUCAGCAGUUACAUCAAUGCCAACUAUAUCCGAGGAUACCUUGGAGACGAGAGGGCCUACAUCGCCACCCAAGGGCCCAUGAUCAACACAGUCAACGACUUCUGGCAGAUGGCGUGGCAGGAGAGCUGUCCUGUUAUUGUCAUGAUCACCAAGCUGAAGGAGAAGAACGAGAAAUGCGUCCUCUACUGGCCGGAGAAGCGAGGCAUCUACGGGAAGGUGGAGGUGCUCGUCGACGGAGUGAGGGAAAGCGAGCACUACACCGUCCGCCAUCUCACUCUGCAGCAAGGGGGCCAGAGCCAUAGCCUGAAGCAUUACUGGUACACCUCCUGGCCGGACCACAAGACCCCCGACAGCACUCAGCCCCUCCUGCAGCUCAUAACCGAGGUGGAGGAGGACCGGCAGGCCUCGGGACCCCGAGGGCCCGUCAUUGUUCACUGCAGUGCUGGGAUCGGCCGGACCGGAUGCUUCAUCGCCACGACCAUAGGGUGCCGGCAGCUGCAGGAGGAGGGCACAGUGGACGUGCUGGGCAUCGUGUGCCAGCUUCGAGUGGACAGGGGAGGCAUGAUUCAGACGGGUGAGCAGUACAAGUUCGUCCACCACGCACUGAGCCUCUACGAAAGCCGACUCUCUGCUGACCCUGGCCAGUGAGCGCAGAGCCACACCGUUCAUUCUCUUUUGUUUUGUUUUCCUUCAUCUCCGUGCGGGCCGAGGUUUCCACCAGAGGAACCUGAAGGUAACCCUGUUCUAUGGUCAUCGUGGUCCCGUCAGAAGGGGUAACCUGAUUCAGACCAUCUGGAAUGAGCUUUAUUAUGUUAAACGUUAUGGGAGGAGCUAAGAUGAUUGGCGGGGGUGGGGGGAGGUAGGCUGAUGAACUCCAGUGAGAUGCUCUGUCAGUGAACAUCAUGUUAUUCACUUAGUCUUUUACACCUGUCUUGUUAGCAGUUUUGGUUUCUUGUAAGACGAUGUAAACACUCUGUCUUGCGGUCAUUUCUUUCUUCAUUCUGGCACCUAUCGGGUAGUUACAGUAGGUUUUUGAUAUCUACCAGUUGCCUGUUCUUAUAGAAGCUAGAGAUUUUGCCACUUUCAAAUAUUCAUGAUAUAUCAAAGAGCCAUUUAUCACUUAGUAAUUGAACUUCACUGGGUUUUUUUUUGUUUGUUUUUUGAUUUGGUGGCACGUUUGCAAAUGACAUCAAGUUUUAUAAACAAUAUUAUAAAGACUGUUAACUGCAAUAUCCUGGAGGCAUUUUCAUCAAGCACCUGAUCCCAGCACAAACAGAGCCAUAAUUAAAUUAAGACUGUAGGGAUAUCUGAAAUUGUAGCUUGAGAUGUGUGUGAUCUACCGGUGACACAGUCUAACUGCCCAUAGCACGGAGUGAAGUGUUUUCAUGUCCGUACAGUCUUUUCCGUUGCAUUAUGCAGCACUUUCACAUGAGCAUUGUUCAGAAAUCCAGAUAUCCCAAUUUUGUCAGGGUUUAAAUUCUUCUUUGAGCAAUUGACCUGGUAAUCCACAGAAAGAGAUUGUUCUGUUUUGUAUUUUAUUAUAUAAAAUAUUAUAUCAUCAACAGUAGUGGCAAUUAUAGUCCAAGCAGUUCAUAUUAUGUAAAUGUAUUAAGUAAAUACAUUUUUACAAAUCCUUAUUGUUCAUUGUAAAUUUAAUAUAAAAUAUUUUUGUAUAUAAUUUCGGUAAUUAUGCACAUAUGCUCUUAAUUGUCUAAAAUUUGGCUCGUGCCAGAUACUUUUUUCUAGUUAUGAGGCAGUUUGGAAAAACAGCACUCUCGUUUGCCCGAAAUUAAAACAGUUUUGUUUCCAUCACAACUUUAAUCGAAGUUACUUACAUGGAGUAUAGUUAAAAUACUCACCCAUAUAUAAAUAAUGAUGUUCUUAUCAGUUAUUUAUCAUACACGUACUUUGAGAUACCUCGUAUGAAAUUCACUUGUCUGUUGUUGCGUAUUAUUGAAAACAUUUUAUUGCAUUUUAAGUUUGAAACUACUACUAACAAAUUUUUUCCACUGUUUAUAUUGAGGUUUUCGGUGCCCUUUGUCGGGUUCGUUUCAUAAGGACGCUUUUCAGCACUGAGCUUUGGGCAAGAGUAAUUCUAAAACAAGCCGUUUUUAACCAGUUGAAAUAUAAACGCAACUAUAUAAUGACAUUAUUUUAUCAGAAAAUCGCAAGAAAAUGUUCAUUUUUUCUCCUUUCGUGUUUUGUAUGUAGAGAUCUCAUCGCUCUUAUGCCCACGGGCAUGUGGCCAGCAUCAACCUCCAGCAGACACCUCCCGUACAGCUUUGAGGGCUCUGGUCGUUAAUUAGGCUACAGGCUAUAUGUACGAUAAACCAAUUUAAUAAAUGUGGGUUUUUGAUCCUUAACACUGAGAGCAUGUUACCAGCAUGAACAAUUUUUCACAAAUAUUAACUGAUAUGUCAGGCGACGUAUUAACUUUCACAGGGUAAACUCUUAGAGACGAGUGCUUCAGGCGUGCACAGUGCAUUAAUUAUUAUUAUUAUUAUUAAUAAUAUUAUUAUUAUUAUUAUUAUUAUUAUUAUUCGGAUUCUGAUUCGGAUUUGGGCUCGGCUCUGGAUCCGAUACGUUUCUGCGGUGCUGUUUGCGCCCGUUCCCGAUUUCCUCCGCUUUUCCUCCGCUAAACGUGACGCGCCUUUUGUAAAGUGUCUCCGUGCACAAGCGGUGUGACCGCGUUUUUAACCCGGUCCUUUUGUGUUUAGUGCCCGCACAGGGAUCCAGCGGAUUUGUGGUUGGAGGGGGUUGCGUGCGAAACUUUUAAACGCUUCUGUUUCUGUCCUCGUAUUGUGAAAGAGUACGUGAACGUAAAAGUGCUAUUAUCAACUACGUGGAUGGUAUAUCUUUGACGACAUCAGAAAAACAAAAUCUUGCUGCUAAAACUGCAAGUGUUUUAUUUGUACGCAAUGGCAGGAAAGAAAUCAACAGGAACAUUUUUAGGAACUUUUUUGUAUGUAUCGAUUUUUUUAUUAUUUGUGAUACAAAAGUUUUGAAUAUAUUUGUCUACUUAUAUUAGGUCUCUGUUGCAGGUGCACUGCACAAUGCCCGUAAUCGACGUGUAUAAUUCCGAAAUGUCCGUGCAUAUCGUGUACUGUUUCUAGCUAUUAUCCACUAUGUGGGCUUUACUGCUGCAGAAGCAAGACAAUGUUUCCCUACAAACGAUUAACCUAAAUGAAUGUUGUGAAGAGUUCACAGUCUCAUGUAUCAAUAUUAAGUAUACUUAUAUCUAACAUGUACAUAUAUGUAUGCCUCAAAGUACGCUCUGUCCUGAAGCUGUAAAACAGGCAACCUGCUUUUUCUUACAACUGAAAUAUUUCAGCGAGGUGUAACACAACUAGAUAAACAAUGAUAAAAGAUAAGCGAUGGUUGUCAAAAUGUAAAAAGUCAUGGUAAAUGUACUCCGAUUCCUCCCAAAAAACUGACUUUGCACAUUCACUUAGCAUUUGUGUAGGCUAUAGUAACAAACAUGACAGUUGUAAUGUGGGUGUGAACUAAAGCCAUACCAUGAAGCUUUCAAACAGCGUGUUUACAUGUUUGUGUUGUAAUCGGAAGCAGAUUUCGCUAUAAUGUCGUCUUGUGGAAAGAUCUGUAAUCUUCAGUAGAUUGGACAUUGUGGCUCUCCAUUUCCUUUUAUUGCUAGCUAUGUUGUUGACUUUAUAUUCUGUACUGUCAAUAAACUGAGAUUCAUUUUAAAUUA